AUGGCGAGCGCGUUGACGCGGCAGCUCCAGGCGCUGCGCGAAGGCGGUGCCGGCAGCAAACGCCGCACGGACUCGUUCCUUUACGACCCGCGCGCAGCCGCGCGCCUGGACGACGAGACGGUGUUCCACGGGGCGCAACAGGGUCUCGAGGCGCUCAAGCAGCUCGACGCGCGCUUUGAGGCGCUCGAGGCCGACGCGCACGUUGCUGCGCUCUUUAGCCGGCAACGGAUCCACUUUCACCGCGCGCAGAGCGCGUUGCCGGACGCGCCUGCGCUGGAUGCGGCGCUGGCGCAGGUGCUGGACGCGCUGAGCGCGUACUUUUUGCUGGACGCAGCGCACAAAGUGCUCGAGUUCCUCGUGCGGCGCUACGAAGUGCACCGGUACAACGUGGACGCGGUGAUGGCGACCAUUGUCGCGUACCACGAGUCGACGUGGUUUGUCCGCAUGGUGCGGCUGCUGCACAUCCACGGGACGCGGUGGGAGUUUCUGCUGGCGGUCAAGUUGGGCGACGACGCGACGCCGUUGCGGCGCGCGGCGCUGGUCCAGCGGGCAAUGGACGACGCGUCGAUUGUGGAGUUUGUGUUUACCGCUGCGACGCGCAUUGGCGCGCGCCAUGCAAAGCUCACGUCGCUGUAUACGCUCGUGGUGCUGCAGCUCUUGGACCAGUGCAAAGUCACGGAGCAGCGGCUGCGGUGGCUCGUGCCGCAGCUACUGACGGCACUGAAGAGCUCGGACUUUGUCGAGUUGCAGUCGUCGGCGUACAUGAUCACGACCAAGUUGGCGUCGAAAGCGACGUUGACGGACAAAGUCGUGGACGCACUGGUCAAGGCACUGGUCAAGCACACACAUGCAGGGGCGCAGUUGAAUGCGCUACUGUGCGUGAUUUACCUCGCGCAGACCCAGCCGUCGUUCCGACUGUCGGCGUCGGCAGGCAAGCACUUGGUGCAGAUGGACAACGCAGCUGACGUUGUGCGUGAUGCGACGGCAACGUACGAGUCGGCCACGUUUGUGCGGACUUUGAUUGUCUUUUUGACACAACACAUGAAGGCUAGCGACGACGCGUACUCUCGUCUGUUGACGACGCUGAUUGAGCGCGUGUCGGUAGUGGACGAGUUUACGGGUGAGCUGGUGGAGACGAUGGUCGCACAGGCUCAAGCAGAGACAUUCGCGAUGAAGAACGCACGUGUACAAGCGAUUGCCCACGGACUUGUUGCGCUGAGCAAGAAAAAUGCGGCGAAAGUGGACGCCGCGAUCAGCAACUUGCUCUCGAAGCGAAGUACCGAAGACAAGAAGCUGAACAAGUUUCUGACCAAGACGUUUGAGAACGUGGCGAACUCGGCGCACUUUGUGCCAUCGUCUACGGACGCGAACACGUCAUUGGCUCUUGCCCUGGACCACCCGGCUGAGCGCACACGAUAUCAGGCGUUACACUCGCUAGCAAAACUGAACGAUGCGAACACGGAUGUGACGUCAACAGGCAAGAAGCAGGUUCUGGCGAAUGGUGACGUGCUUUUGCGUCGGAUGCUGGACGACGACAAGGGCAUUGUCCAUUAUAUGGUAUCUAGUUCGCUCGGCGAUCUGAUGCUGGCCUUGAGCUCGACGAAAAAGGCGCUCGAGACGCUUGUUCAGGCGAUUCGUAAUUGGACUGCUCGUGGAGAAUCUGCCCUUGUCCAGGCUAUCGCUGGUUUUGUACUGAAGAACUUUCGUAAGGUAGCUGCGUCGUCAGAAACGGACGAGAAGUUGUUGACUGUGUUUGUUUCGCUCGUGCGUUCGAGCAGUGUUGUUUCUGUGGAUACGAUUUGGACCUGGCUUGCAUCGCUUGACCAUCCAUUCGGUGUGAGCGCUUGUAAGUCGUUGGCAAAAACUGGCAAAAGUGCGCACGAUAUGGCCGAAGCUUUCGGACGAGCUCUUGCUGCUGACGUUCCACGAUUGCUACCGUUCUGCUUGAGCUGGACACGGACGUCAGAAUUCAGUGGAGAGUCUCUCUCGAGUUUUGUGAUCGACGUCCUGUCUGUGGCUAGCUCUCAGCUAGCAGCGAAAGACCUGAUGUCGCAAAGUGACCGGCAGCAUUUGGCGUCGUUGGAUAAAUCGUUUGGCCGUAUCCUGACAGAAAAGUUUGUGUCGCUAUGUGAAGCUGGCGGGUCAUCAGAAGUCAAAUCAUACGCGGCGCGCAUCGCGUCAAAACUCGCUGGGAUUGCACACAACGAGUUUGCUGCGUCCCGUGAUGAUUUCGACAGUCAUGUCGCAACACUGUUGCAGUCUCCGAACUCCAUCUUCGUUCGCACCCAAGAGUGUCUACUUGACCUGUUCCAUGGAGACCUGACGGAUCAGUUGCUGCCGACAAUGGCACGCAUUGUCAUCAAGCCUGUAUCCACGGACGACGUGCUGAAAGUGCUGGCCAAAACGCGCUCGCUAGAUAUCAUAUCUGCUGUGCUCGAGGGUCUAUCAUGCACCGAGUCCGACAAAGAGCUGCAACAGCUCGUACACGUAGUUCCCGUUGUCAUCGUGGCGCUCUCGGAUCGUAGUAAGGAAGUGCGUCAUUCUGCGGCCUCGUGCCUCGAGCGCUGGAUUUUAUCGUGUGAAGAGGCCGCGCGACCGCCAAAGUCAGCGGAUCUGAAAGUACUGCAAGAUGCGUCUUCGUUUUUUCUCCAGGCAAAGCAGGACAUGCUGAUGGAUGGCAACUCGGUCGUCGCGCUUUGCGGCACGUAUAGUGCUCAACCAGAGAGCUUUGCGUUUUACCAGCUUCUGAUGGACUUUGUGUCUUCUGCAAGCAAUGACGAAGUGUGCAUUGCAGUGAAGCUACUCGGUUUGUUGGCGCCAGUGAAAAGAACUUCAUUCUGGCUACAGUCUGUCGACUUUUUCCAGCAAGCCCUGUCUGGGUGCUCGAUAAACGGUGGCAAUGAGUCGACAUCGAAAAUGCUGACUGAAUUCCUCGGGCACUACUUGGACGUGGAUGUUGCUGUGACAACGACGAAAAAAGGAAAGAGAGCGAUCCCGAAGGAGUUUGUGGAAGCCUUGUUGGCUGUCUUGCGCUCCGAAAGGGGCACUGUUUCGCAUUGUCAGAAGCUGCAAGUCUUUUUGGCGGCAAAUUUGUCAUCAGAGUAUUACGCUGUCCUCGACCAUGUGUCUCGUUCUGCGAUCGUCGAGAAGCUGGUCGGUUUGUUGACGGUCGCAGAAGAAGCUGUUGUUUCGAAGGUGGUUCAGUGUCUUAGCCAUCUACCUAUCAGCCAUGGUAUAUUCGUGGGACUGCUGACGAAACAGCUAUCUAGUGAGGUGAAAAUAGCAGAGCUGAGCUGCGUCCUUGAGGUUCUCGCUAUCCGAGUCGACAAUGCUUUGAGCUACAAGGGGGCAGAAUUUGACGCAAACAAGCUUCUCGCAACGUUGUGCGACGUGCUAGCUCUCUUCUGCGACCCAAGUCACGAGGACGUCGUGUCGGAAUACAUCUUGCAGGUCCUGUUCAGCUGCUUGCGUCGAGUGUGCGAGGUUGUGUCUCCAUCUGUCAGCCAAGCCGAUGAACGCCUGACAAACGGCACCAAGAGCUUGGCGACAAGCGUGAAGCCUGGGCUUCUUGUCAAGCACACACUGUUGUGCCUAAGUCGUACUUCGUCGCCUCAGACGCGUAACGAAGGUCUGUUGUUCAUUAGCUCACUGGUGGGAUUGUACCCUGCAAGUGUGCUUACCUCACUGGACAACAUCCUGAGCUUCGUCAGCACUGGUUCGAUCCGUCUCGAGGACGACUAUUCGUACCACGUCCUUGAAACGAUAAUCAAGGCAGUGGUUCCUCACAUUGUGAUAGCCAAGAAGCAAGAAGCUGGUGCUCUGAUCACAUCGCAGCGGUUCAUCAGUCUCUUUGUGGAUGCUUUCAGCCAGAUUCCAAAGAGUAAGCGUUUGGCUCUCUUUGAGGUUGUGGUCGGGUCUCUCGGAAGUGAGCUACUACCGUUCUGUGUCAUGGCGCUGCUGCAGUACGCGGCGAUUGUGAAGGACAUGGACAGCCAACGCGAGCGUAUUCAUUUCGCACACAGUCUGUGCUACAGCUUUGAAUGCUCGGAGCAAGUGUCUUGUUUGGCGAUGAUUCUUCGUUUGACGCGCGAUUUGUUGCCUCAUGUCGUGGAAGAUGCCGAUACGGAUACUGACGAGAUUGACGAAGACGAAGAUAGUGACGGUGUCGAAUACGAACGAUUUGUGCUGGACGAGAGGUUGGUAAAGUCGAAGGCGCUUGCUCGACAAAUGAACUCGAUUCUCGUCAAGUUUGUUGCUGCACACCUGCGUUCGCGCGAGUUACACCACAAGAUUUUGAGCUAUGAACGAAAGCGCGAUCAGUCGAAAGACGACGAUGAUGAUGUCGACGUUUUGCAACACAAUUACCUGAUGCUGGCGCAACUGGAUUUGUUGUACUUCGGCCGGGUCGCUCGCGAACAGUCUUCGCACAACGAUGAGAGCGGAUUUUGGGCCGCCCUUGCUACAGAUGCAAUGGACAUCCUGGGCACCCUUCAGCAGCUGCUGUCCACGCCUGGCUUUGUCGCAGUCAUCAGCGAGCUGCUGCACCAUGACAGCAGCUUGGUACGUAAGAAGGCGAUGCAGCUUUUCAAUCAGCGUCUCCAGGAAGAGCGCGAUUCGCUCUCUUUGGGCGAAGCGUUGCUGUUUAUCGACAUGCUGGACGAGCUGAAUGGUAUGCUGCAGAACCCUGAAGGCACUGAGAACAGCGUGAACAUUCAGACGGCACUACUUAGCGUGGACAUUUUGGCGCGCAACUUUGCAGCGACUCAUACAAAGCGCUUUCAGACGAUUCUUCCGACGAUUACGAAGUACGUGGACCUGGACAUUGUCAACUCGUCUUCCAUGACCAUGCACUUGUUUGGUUCUGCGUUCGUGUGCCUGUCGUCGAUAGCCCGCGCCGUCGGUCCGAUUGUUUUCCCUCUCUUACCGACUUUUUUCCCUCGACUCUUGAAGGGAAUCGAGUAUUGCUCGUCAUUGUCGAUGCAUGGAGGAGUAAGUGGCAGCAAGGCAGUGUUGCAGUGUUUGCUCGCAGCGUUGGAGGUGUUCACCGACAAGAUUCCUCAGUUUCUGGGCCCGUACCUGCCUGCUGUCGUCCGCUGUCUUUUGACACCAGCGCUCUUAUCGUCUGCUCCAGCGAAUGCCAGUGUACUGAUGUCUGUUGAUUGCUGCUUUUUGAACUUGUGCAACCACGUCGAGUUGCGACAGCUCCUUCCUGCUCUGUUUGGAGCGUAUGAGCACGUGCUCACGCUGAAGAGCGACACGAGCGUGGGUCGAUUGUUUUCGGCUGUGGGAACGGUCAUACAUGCUCUCGAGUCGUCGGCGAUCCGGAAGUACUUGCCUCUGUUUGCCCGCUUUUUCGUGACGGCAUUGGAUGCUCGUCGAGUGCACGCGUCGAAGCUGCAGGACGUGAACGCCGUGGAAGAAGAGGUGCUGGACUGUCUUGUUCAGUUUGUCCUGAAACUAAGUGAGAAGCAGCUGAAGCCGUUGUUUUUGAAGCUGGCAGAGUGGGCACAGACGCGGGUGGGCUCUGCUGACAAGAGUGGAGACAUUUCGCGCCGUAUCUCGUUUUUCAAGCUGGUCGUCAAGCUCUCGGAGCGUCUGCGUGGCAUCUUCGUCCCGUAUUACGCACACGUGCUGACGUUGUUGACGUCGUCGCUGUGCGAAAGCCGGAAGGUUUUGCUGCACAAGCUGUUGCAGUCGUCGGACGACCACGACAGCGGCGACGAGGACGAUUUCUUUGCUAGUGAGGCAGCCGCACCGCCUGCUAAAAAGGCGAAACGGAGUGCUUUGUCGUCCGAAGCGACUGUGAAGGCUGAGCGCGAACGUUACACAGCGUUGCUGAGCACGGUAGUGCGUGCGCUCGAUGGCUGCUUUGUGCACGACAAUGACGGCUUUAUCGAGAAGGAGCGCUUUGACAUUGUGCUCGCUCCGUUGGUGGAUGUGCUGGACGUUGUGCAGUACGACCCAUCGAUGCGUGCGUUUGUGCUCGAGACGGUCGCACCGUGUUUGGCGAAUUUGGCGUGGGCAGCUAAGAGUGAUUUGCUGUGGAAGCCGCUGCAUUAUGCUGUGCUGAUGAAGUCUCGUGGCGAGUCUGCAGCAGUGCGUCUGGCCGCACUGGUGACUGUAGAGAAGUGCUACCAGGUGAUCGGGGACGAGUUCUUGUCCAUGCUGCCCGAGAGCAUUCCGUUCUUGGCCGAGCUCAUGGAGGAUACAAACGUCGAAGUGGAGAAGACGUGUCACCGCGUGAUCAAGCAGAUUGAAGACAUCUCGGGCGAGUCGUUGGAUCAAUACCUCACGACCUAA